UCUAAUUUCCAUUUUCAUUUAAAACCUUUUUUACAUUCUCUCGGUGUGUGUAGGUUGUGUGUGGAUUCAAUUGUUUGUUUUGCAAAGAAACAAUAAAAAAAAGAUAACAAAUAAACAAACAAACAAACAAAAAAGAACAUAAAAUCAAAUGCAUUAAACAUGCCUACAUUAAUUGGUCGUUUCAAUGAAUUGCUACAUAAUCUUUCCUCAUCAUCAUCAACAUCAACAUCGAAUCAUUCAUCGGUACCAUCAUCAACAACAACAACAACAACAAGACAACAUCAUCCACCAUCAAGAUCAAGUUCGAAUCGUAUUGUAUCUACUGAUAAUUCUUCGAAAAGGCAAAUUGUAAAACGAUCUAGUUCAAGUCGUCCACAACAACAACAAUGCAACAAAUCAAUAACAACAACAAAAACGGUGAAUAGUACAAAUCAUCCACAUAAUAAUAAUAAUAAUCGCCGUCAUGGUUCGGUGGUUACGGGUAACAAUAGAUCUUCUGAACAAGAAAGAGGUAUGACCGGUAAUCGACAUCGGGCUAGUUCUUGUAUCAACAAUUCUCAUCAUCAUCAACAACAACAACAACCACAGCAACAACAUCGUCAUCUAAGUCAUCAUUCUUCAUCAAAAACAACAACAACAACAACAAAACCAAAAUCAUCUUCUCGUGAAUCGAAUUCGAAUUCUAGUAGUGGUGGUGCUGGUGGUGGUAAGCUUCAACAACAAAAAUCACAUCAUCAUCAUCGAAGACAUUCGAUUGCUAGCAUGUCGAGUAUUUCGAAUAAUAAUAAUAAUAAUAACAAUAAUUCACAUCAAUCCAAUUCAAAUUCACCAUCAAAAGCAACCAAUAAUAGUUCGAUAACAAUGAUUAAUAACCGUAAAGAUUCCAAUAGGAUUGAAAAGAAUAAUAACAACAAUAACAACAACAACAACAAUAAUGGCUAUAAAUCUUGUAUAGCUACAAAACCAUUAAAAUCGAUAAAUCAUAAUGAUAAUGUUAUUGUUGAUGAAUCAUUGACAAGUAUGUUGGUUCGUAAAAUGAAAAUUGGUGCCAUUACCCGACGAAAUCAUCAAAAUCAUCAUAACCAUAAUCAACCAACGACAGAAAUUUUUCAUAAAAAAAUUUCAAAAAUUUCAAAAAAAGAUGUUGAAUCUGAUGAUUUGAUUGAUGGUGAAACAAAAGGUUGUUUCAUUAAUCGUUAUCUAGAUGGAUAUUUAACAAAAAAUCAUCCGGAUAUAAUAUCGGGAAAAACCUGCUAUGAUAUGCCUAUUAAAGAGAUUGAAUUAUUAGAGACAAAUAUUGUUUCUGCUUGUACUGGUCCAAGUGAUGGUCUUCUAACCAUUCAUUCAUCAUCAAAACCAUUCGAAAUUGCAUUAGAUGAUGGUAUUGAUUUUAUUGAUGAAGAUUAUCCUGAUUCAUCACUUUCAUCGAAUGGAUGUUCAGAUCAUCAUUCAUCACCACAAAAUUCGGCCAAAUUAUCCACUUCAUCCGAUGUUAUAUCAUCAACAGAUACUGGUGAUGUUAUAACAUUUUCCGAUGUAUCUGAUAGACAAACUAAAUCAUCAUCAUCAUCAUCAUCAAAUAAUCAUGAGACAAUAAUCAUCGAACCUGUUGCUGGUGUCAACAAUUGGAAUCGAUUCGAUGAUUUUGCUUAUGGUAUUUCAACUACAUUAUAUGAAUCACACCCUUCAACAAAACAAAGAGCCGGUGAUCCGAUUGCCGAUUCAUAUGCAAUAUGUGUACGAGAAAAUAGCGCUAUUUUGGCAUUAGCCGAUGGUGUAAAUUGGGGUGAAAAAGCAUGUCUAGCAUCAAGAUGUGCCAUACAUGGAUGUGUUGAUUAUCUAAACAAAGCAUUAUAUUCAGCUGCAACUGAUUCAACUCGAUCUCGAAACACCAUGGACAUAUUUAUUGCUCUAUUACGUUCAUUUAAUGCUGCACAUAAUAUGAUAUUAGCACAAGGUGGCCAUUUAACAACACUUUGUGCAGCCGUAAUUUGUCAAUUGAAAGAUUCGGAUCGUUUUAUUGUAUGUACUUGUAAUGUGGGCGAUAGUUUGGCCUAUGUUUAUAGUAAAAAAUAUGGUGUUCGAGAAAUAACACAAGGAUCACAUGAUAUAUUUUCAAUGCGUGAUAUGAGAGAUGCAUUGGGAGCAUUAGGACCUGUAUCAGGUUCUGAACCUGAAUUAAAUAAUCUUACAGUUGCAAUGACUAUUGUUGAUGUUGAUGAUAUUGUCUUUCUAACAUCGGAUGGUAUAUCGGAUAAUUUUGAUCCUGUUGUGGGAAAAUUUGCUAUACCAAAAAAAGAUUUAACAAAAAAUUGUGAUGUGAAUGAUAAUCAUAUGGAUGCUAAAAUAUUGGUCGAUAAUUCAAGAAAAAAUAACAAUGAUAAUGAAACAAAUUGUGAAAAAACUAGUUAUAUGGCUAAACGAAUGAAAGUAAGAAAACUUGUACAAAGAUCAAAUAGUAACCCAGAAAAAAGUAGUGCAAAAUAUCUAAAUUAUACAUCGAAAGGUUUACCAUUGGUUUCGGCACAACAACGUCAUGAAUUGACAUUACUUCGUAUGGAAGAUCUCAUUAUGAAUGGUGUAAAUGGAAUUUCAUCAUUUAUUCAUAAUAAUGGUGAACAUUCAUCGAACCAUAAUAAUAAUAAUAAAAAUUCAAAAAAUAAUAAUAAUCAAAUAACUGCCAAAGAUCUCUGUUUAUUGAUGGUUGAUUUCUCAACCAAAUUAACAAUGGCUAAACGAAGAAUACUUGAAGAUCCGGAUCUUUAUACAGAUGACGAUAAUAAUGGUAAUGAUAAUGAUGGUGAUGAUGCAUUCGAUAAACAACGACGAAGAAGACGUAUGGUUGGACAGAAAUUAGCACAGUUACCUGGCAAAUUAGAUCAUGCAUCAAUCGCUGCCAUUCAAGUUGGAUUCUAUGGUUCAUUAAGAAAUAAAAAAUCAAAUAUUUAUACAACAAAUGAUAUUAAAACAACACCAAUGAACAGACAAUUCAAUUCAAAGCAGCAUUCCUUGGAAGCUCGAUAUAAUCUCAAAUUAAAAGCAACAUUGGCCAGAUUUGAAUCACAAGAUUCAUUGGAAAGCAUCACUGAAUCUGGUCCUAUUUAAACAAUUUACCUGUUUUUUUCUCUCAAAUCUAGGAAUAUAUUUUGGAUUUUUGUUUUUUGAAACAUUUAUUAGCUAAUAAUCAUGUCCGGUGAUGUUUUUUUUUCUGUUC